UUUCUGCAUAGCGAUAUCUCGCAUCUCUCGCUACCGAAUCGCUCGCUGAGCUUAUCAGUUGGUUGCUGCUGCUGCUGCUGCUGCUGCUGCUGUCGUUGUUAUUCUUGUCGUUGCUCCUCCAGGGAUAGGCCAGGGGAGCUUUGCCCCAGACCCGCUCACGGGGGUCUCCAGGCAUCUGGUCUUGGCGCGGAGGCAAAGACCGGCGGUCCCUGCUUGCCAUGGCACCCCGGAAUCGAUUCUGCGCCUUGCCCUUCCUUUUGCUGUUCCUGCUGUCCCUGCUGUCCCUCGCUAGUGUUAGCCGGGCUCGCGAAACCCAGUACAUUGUCGGUAGCGACGAAAAUGGCGUGUCACGGCAGCUGGCGGUUGACCGGUACCCAGCUCUUUACACGGGCGACUUUGGCGACUGCCUGGGCGGCCAGAGUCUCUUCAAUAUCACAAAGUUCGAUGCCGCGUAUUAUUCAGACAAUCUCACAAUCGUGUUCCAUCUCGACGGCACCACCAACAUCAAGAACGAGUCGCUCAUGAUGCAUAUAUCAGUUGACGCAUGUAAGUCAGGUCUGAAAAGGGACCAACCAAAACCGAGGAACAUAACCCUGGAGCUAAUUUUGGUUCGCUCAGAUGGCUCCAAUAGAUUCGACAUGAUCUUCAACCCGUGCUCGCUCAACAUUGAUAGUCUCUGCCCGGUAAACGCGAGCGUUCCUAUUACGGGGUGGGCGAUAAUACCGGUCGGACCCCAGCAGAUCGGCGGAAUCCCAUCUCUUGCGUAUGGGAUACCGGAUUUCGAGGGUUCAACAAAAUUGCAGAUAUUCGCAAACUCCAGCAAGACGGAGAUUGGAUGCUUCCAGGCCGUCAUGAGGAACGGCAACACCUUCUCGCACCCCGAGGCCGUCGCCCCUGUUUUAGGCAUAUUUACCUUGGUAGCCAUCAUUGCAUCUUUUGCGACCGCAGCCUAUGGCAUCAGCACCACCCAUAUGAGAAUGCACCAUGCCCAUUCUUUGUCUGUGCUGGUGGUGUUAGAGACGUUCCAGGCAAUCUUCUUCUCAGGAGCCCUCUCGGUGAACUGGCCGUCAGUCUGUGUUGCCUGGUGGAGCAACUUUGCCUGGUCUUCCGGCAUCAUCUACAGCCAUAGCAUGAUCAAGUCAAUCGACUCGUUCACUGGCGUCAGUGGCAACGCCAGCCAGGUUGGCGGUGCAGGCUCAACAGUCAUCAAUACGGGCGGCGGUUUGAUAUCCCAAAUCUAUGGACGCGCGGUAGCUGAGAGAGCCACCCCGGACAGCCUCGCCAGAAGGAGCACUUACAAUGCUAGCGACCCUUACGACUACACCUGGGCUGGGAAUCCUGUGACACCGGGAAUGCCUACUCCAGGUACUUGGCAGGGCUUCCCCGGGAGUCUGUCUGCCCUCGGAAUUCCUGCUGCCGACAUAUUCUUUGUUGGGCUUAUAUGGGUCGUAGUGGCUAUCGUCCUCGUGGCCAUCUCUCUUCCUACUAUCAAGCUCGUACUGGAUCUUAUAGCGCGGAUCAAGUGGAUUAAAGAAGAUCGACUGGCAUAUUUUCGCAGCCACUGGACAGGCUAUCUGGCGCAUGCCUUGCUGCGAGCAUUCCUAAUGUCUUUCUUCACCAUGAUAACGCUCGCAUUAUUCCAGUUCACAAUCGGCGGUACGUCGGGAACAGUCGCCAUUGCCACUGUCGCUUUUUUGCUGUUCCUUGUUGGUGUUGUGUCAACGGUGGCCUACGCAUGUCGCGCCCGUACUCGGGGCGGCAAAUUCGAAGCGAGGCCUGAUCGGGUCAUAUUCUACAACGCCAAGCUCUUCAAGUUUGUACCUGCCAUCAUUCCGGCUUGGGCAAGUACACUUGAUGAGCUCGAACUAGAAGUCAAAACUGUUUUCGCCAUUCCCCUCUCUCGAAUCCGACAUGUCAACAAUGACCCAGACAGCCCCACUGUGCAUGAGGACCAGGCUUACAUCAAAAAGUUUGGAUGGCUAUCUGCGAGAUACCGUCGCACACGGUGGUGGUUUCUUGCGAUUUAUGUCGGCUACUUGUUUGUCCGUGCCGCCUUCAUUGGAGGAGGCGUCAAUAACCCUCUUGCACAAGUGUACGGCCUAUUGAUCUUCGACAUCCUUUCGUUUGGUGCCAUUGCCAUACUUAGACCUUUCGAAGGCGCUCGCAACAUGGCUCUGGCCGUUUAUCUACUUGGAGUUAGCAAGAUACUCACGACGGGGCUGUCCAUCGCCUUCCUUCCGGACUUCGAACUGGAUAGGAUCAUUGCUACCGCCAUCGGCAUUGUCAUCAUUGUUAUACAGGGUUUGCUGGUAAUUGCCUUGAUGAUCCUUGUGGUCCUCGGUGCCAUCUCAUCUUGGAUGUCUCUUGCGCGCAACCGCGAGGAUAUCAGCCCCAGAGACCUUGAGGCCAUUCGCGCUCGCUACUUUGAAAAAAUGGAAGCAAAAGCGCAGGACGUUAGCAGGCUGUCAAAAGCCAAAGAGGAUAAGGGAAAGGCCAAAGAAGAGGAGGAGCGCGAGUCCCGGCCCCCUCCCGAGCCUUCCUUUUCCGUUGUUACGGUUCGUCGUGAGCCCAAAAUUGAGGACGAAGACGACGACAGUGUUCAUGAGCUGGACCCAGCACAAAACGGGACCGGCACCCUCGAUGCACCGAUAAUUCGUGCUCUCAACCGCGCAAGCAGGACCAAUAGUGUUAGCUCCCGCUAUAGCGCGUCGAGCCUCCCUCGAGCCGCGCGCAUCCAUCGUGCUUCCUUGUCUUCGAAGGAUUUUGCGCAAUAUGUGGCAACUCUGGAGCGCCCAGACAGCGCGCUCGCUCAGCGAGUAGGCAGCCCUUUGGGCGCCGUUGGACACCACGCAGAUACCAGCACGGUCAGGAGCUCGACGCCAGUACCCGUCAGACCUCAGAGUAGCUCCCAUAGUUUAAGGACGCUGACGGACAUGCGGCCGAGCAGCCCAUUCGGCACGCCAACCCGAGAGAUACUAGCCAGAUACGCCGACGAAAGGAGGUACACGCUGCCACAGCAACCAGCUCCCACGCAUACUGUGGAGUAGAAUUACCGUGGAAACUCCGGCAUGUUGGGAUUUUGUAAUUUUGGCUUAGGCAUUGGUGUUUUUGGGCGUUUGUCGUACGGCAUUUUUUACAGCAUGGAAAGGGCGUCAGGUAUUCAUGACGUGAGCCGGCUUACCGCAGGCCAUAUACAUGAAACGUACAUACAUUAUAUAUCAUUGUUUUGUACAUACGUAGACCAUGAUUCAGGACGACAUGAAUGUUAAGAAGGUCUAGAAGGGGGAAUCUGGGCACGAAUUGUGGGCUAC